AUGAUCGCUUCACAUCUACUCGCCUACUUCUUCACGGAGCUCAACCAUGACCAAGUGCAGAAGGUGGACAAGUACCUCUAUCACAUGCGCCUCUCUGAUGAGACACUCCUGGAUGUAUCAAACCGAUUUAACAAGGAGAUGAAGAAAGGACUUGGUGCAGAAACCAACCCCACCGCAUGUGUGAAGAUGCUGCCCACAUUUGUACGGUCUACACCAGAUGGAACAGAAAAUGGAGAUUUCCUGGCUCUGGACUUGGGAGGAACCAAUUUUCGAGUCCUUAGGGUGAAAGUUUCUGAUAAUGGAAUGAAAAAGGUGGAGAUGGAGAACCAGAUUUAUGCCAUCCCGGAAGAUCUGAUGAGGGGCAGUGGAGCUCAGUUGUUUGACCACAUUGCUGAAUGUCUGGCCAACUUCUUGGACGAGCUGCACAUCAAAGACAAGACGUUGCCCUUAGGCUUCACUUUCUCCUUCCCCUGCCACCAGAGUAAACUGGAUGAGAGCAUCUUGGUGAACUGGACUAAAGGAUUCAAGGCCUCUGGUGUGGAAGGAAGAGACGUGGUCACUCUGCUGAGAAAAGCAAUUAAGAAACGUGGGGAUUUUGAUAUUGACAUUGUUGCAGUAGUCAAUGACACAGUGGGCACCAUGAUGACCUGUGGGUAUGACGACCACAACUGUGAGAUUGGGCUUAUCGUUGGUACUGGGACCAAUGCCUGCUACAUGGAAGACAUGCGUCACAUAGACCUUGUGGAAGGGGACGAGGGGCGCAUGUGCGUGAAUAUGGAGUGGGGAGCUUUUGGGGAUGAUGGCUCAUUAGAUGACAUCAGAACUGAGUUUGACCGAGAAAUUGACAUGGGAUCUUUAAACCCAGGAAAACAAAUGUUUGAAAAGAUGAUCAGCGGGAUGUACAUGGGGGAGCUAGUCCGGCUCAUCCUAGUCAAGAUGGCCAAGGAGGAUCUGCUAUUUGAAGGGAGGAUCACAGCUGAUCUUUUGACCACCGGACAUUUUGAAACCCGCUAUGUCUCAGAGAUUGAAAAAGAUAAAGAAGGGAUCAAAACAGCACAUCAGAUCCUGAGCAAGCUGGGCUUGGAGCCCUCACAUGAGGAUUGUGUGGCCACACACCGCAUCUGUCAGAUAGUCUCCAGUCGGUCUGCCAGCCUGUGUGCUGCCACGCUUGCCGGUGUUCUUAGACGUAUCAGAGAGAACAAAGGGGUGGAACGACUGAGGUCAACGGUUGGAGUAGACGGGUCUGUCUACAAGAACCACCCACACUUUGCACGGCUCCUCCAGAAGACUGUCCGGAGACUUGUGCCUGAUUGUGACGUCCGCUUCAUCCGAUCAGAGGAUGGCAGUGGUAAAGGAGCUGCCAUGGUGACAGCUGUAGCCUACAGGUUGGCUGACCAACGUCAUGAACGAGAGAAGACACUUGAAGACCUACACCUUAGCACCAAACAGCUUCUAGAGAUUAAGAGGAUCAUGAAAGUUGAGAUGGGUCGAGGCCUGCAGAAAUCAAGCCAUGAUGAAGCCACAGUCAAGAUGCUGCCGACAUAUGUAAGGUCCACCCCUGAUGGCACAGAGAGAGGCGACUUCCUGGCAUUGGAUCUCGGGGGCACAAAUUUCCGCGUUCUUCUGGUGCGUGUGCGGAAUGGUAUGAGACGUGGGGUGGAAAUGCACAAUAAGAUCUACACCAUCCCCCAGGAUAUCAUGCAAGGCACCGGAGAGGAGCUAUUUGACCACAUUGUCCACUGCAUUGCUGAUUUCCUGGAAUACAUGGGUAUGAAGGGAAUAUCUCUGCCCCUCGGGUUCACCUUCUCUUUCCCGUGCCAUCAGAACAGUCUGGAUGAGGGUAUUCUCCUGAAGUGGACCAAAGGUUUCAAAGCAUCUGGUUGUGAAGGAGAGGAUGUUGUGAAUCUCUUGAAGGAAGCUAUCCACAGGCGGGAGGAGUUUGACCUGGAUGUGGUAGCUGUUGUGAACGAUACCGUGGGAACCAUGAUGACUUGUGGCUAUGAAGAUCCUCAUUGUGAAAUGGGACUGAUUGUCGGUACUGGCAGCAACGCAUGUUACAUGGAGGAGAUGAGAAACGUGGAGCUGGUAGAAGGAGAAGAAGGCAGAAUGUGCAUUAACAUGGAGUGGGGAGCGUUUGGUGAUAAUGACUGUCUGGAAGAUUUCCGAACAGAGUUUGAUAGAGCAGUGGAUGAACUGUCGCUGAAUCCUGGCAAGCAGAGGUUUGAGAAGAUGAUCAGUGGCAUGUAUCUGGGGGAGAUUGUCAGGAAUAUAUUGAUAGAUUUUACUAAACGGGGGCUCCUGUUCCGUGGAAAGAUAUCCGAGAGGCUGAAGACCAGAGGCAUUUUUGAAACCAAAUUCUUGUCUCAGAUAGAGAGUGAUCGCUUGGCAUUGCUUCAGGUUCGGUCUAUCCUCCAGCAUCUUGGCUUGGACAGCACAUGCGAUGACAGUAUCAUUGUGAAGGGAGUGUGCACUGUGGUGGCACGGAGAGCUGCUCAGCUUUGUGGAGCUGGAGUGGCUGCAGUGGUUGACAAGAUCAGAGAAAACCGAGGGUUGGAUUCCCUAAAAGUCACUGUUGGCGUGGAUGGGACCCUUUACAAACUUCACCCACAUUUCUCUUCCAUCAUGCACGAAACCGUGAAAGAGCUUUCUCCAAAGUGUCAGGUGACCUUUCUCCAGUCUGAAGAUGGCAGUGGAAAGGGAGCGGCCCUCAUCACCGCUGUGGCAUGCAGGAUCCGGGAAGCAGGACAGCGUUAAAGGGAGAAGAGCCAAGGGAUUUCUUUGAGCACAUUCCUGUGUAAAGACUCAUUACCGACUCGUUACAUUCUCACCGUCGAUUAUUUCCAAUCCUUAUGGUGACCAGGAAAUUACAUCUAUUUGACCACAUCCAUACCAGGGAAAUGUACAUAUGUCAAUUUAUUUUUAUAGGAUAGAUUUAUAGAAAAUGAAUGAUUACAAAGAUUAUACACAUGGACCCAAGCUUGAGUCCACCUCACUUCUCAACGUCAUCUAGAUGUGUGCACGAAUCUUUCCUCAAGUCAUGACUAUCUAGCCAAAUCUCUUCUACCAAGCUGCCACUCACCUCCGGCUCUGUUUACAUCCAUACUGCAUACAGUGACGUAGGUCGGCCAUUUGCCUAGUGUAGCAUGCACAGAGGAACUUCCUAAGGAAAGAGAACCAUCUCGCUGGCGCCACCUUGUGGAAGUGGCUCCCUAUGAGUAAGUUGCCGUCUGUUGGAAAGCCUAGUAGACCAUGCUUUCCUGUAUGGUAAAAAUAAAAAGGUAUGUCGACACAUACUUUGGGUGAACGGGGGGGCCUAUGGACACAUCUGUCGUGUUUUCUGGGAGCUUUACUGGCGCAUGCACCAAACAGAGAUGUGAACAGAGACCUAAUCUACAGGCCAGGUUGUGAUUACGGAUGAAAAUGUCCAUUAUUUCAACAUCACAAGUAGAUUUUUUUGCCUUUUGAGUUGCAGACAUUUGGUAGUGGUUGAGUUUUGUUAGUAAUAGAAGUACGGUAUCUUAUUCCUAAACAAUACAUGACAUCAUAGGACAUGAUUAUAGAUUAGAUGACAGCAAAAAUAAGAUUAACCACCGGUAUAAAAUGAUAGCAUGUGACCGGAGACUUAGUCCGAUAGCUUACACAGUCUAUUUACAUCUCCUCUUCCAGAACCCCUUUUUUGCACACUUUAGGUUGCCUAGCAACCGCUUGACUUCCUGUUUGGGUGACCACCUUUUAAUUCCAUGUAGCUACAUGUACAGAUGUGGUCACGUGAAGUUACUGUGCAGUAAACUGCCUCUACUUGCUACACAGACUUGUUUUAGGUUUCUCUGUUAUAUCUUAAGGUAGAAAUGGUGUAGUCAUUGCCUUUAUCCGACAUAUAUGGGUGAAAUGACACUGCAUGGGAGAAAAAUGCCUUAAUCUACUUUUUAGGAAGUAUUUUGCCCUAUAAAUUGAGUCUAUUAAAACCGGUUUGUAUUUUCAGACCAGUCGUAUACUGUAUUGAAUGUGUACGUGGAUGUAUAGGAGUAGUCAUUAUAUCCUGCUAAACUUGAACACUUCAUCCAGACUUGAGGACCGUGUGUGACUAUAGAAGUAACGAUUUGGGGAUUUAGCGGUUAAGUGAUGGGGUAGUAGUCUCCUAGUAGAGUCGGUGCUUGUCUAGUUUAUUGUAGAAUACAAGUAGUUUAUUAUAUUAUUAUUAUAAUUGCUGUUAUUAUUGUAAUAUUAAUUUAUGUUAAGCUAGUAGGAUGCUAGAGAUAUGUUACUGGUGUAGAACACCUUUGAAUGCUGCUCUUAAUAAUUUGCCUCUCCCAAAGAAUCACAAUGUAGGACCUGUCUGACCAAGGUUUUAUAUACUUCGUUCCGUGUAUGGACAGGCAGGUCGCCUGUCUGUGCAACAUCUCUAAUGCACAGGGAGUUUAAUAUUGCUAUGUAUAGAGCUGACUAUAUUUUGUAGUUAUUGUACAAAUUUGUAUGGGUGACUGUUGUCUUCGUCCUCUUAGGUUCCACAUGUAACAUGCGUGUGACAUCUCAUAGGUUCUGACCGCCCCACGGGUUUGGGUCUGCUCUUGAUGCACUGUAUAAUUGUCUGUGUGGCAAACGACAUGCGUCAGUUUCAUGUACAUAGUUAGAGCUGUGUUUUAUUUAUAUUUGCUAUUUUAUUGCCUUUCUGUAUCUUUAACUUGAUAAAGUUGCUAAAAGCUUUAUAGAAAGAUGAAAUACGCGUAUGUCUUUCUU